AUGCUGAGCCCAAUGCUGAGCCUGCUGAUGCUGGCACUGCCCCUCCUGUCCGGUGUGGUCCACACAGUCCCCGCACCAGGCCUGGCCCUGGAGCGAGCGGGCAUUGUGGGGGGCCAGGAGGCUCCUAGCAGCAAGUGGCCCUGGCAGGUGAGCCUGAGGUGCAACUUCAACUUCUGGAUGCACUGUUGUGGAGGAUCACUCAUCCACCCACAGUGGGUGCUGACUGCAGCUCACUGUGUAGGACCGAACAUCAUGAGCACUGAAUUAUUUCGGGUGCAGCUCCGUGAGCAACACCUUUAUUACCGAGACCACCUGCUGCCCAUUAACCGGAUCAUUAUACACCCUGACUUCUACAAGCCCCAGGAUGGGGCAGACAUUGCCCUGUUGGAGCUGGAGGACCCUGUGAACAUCUCCAGGCGCAUCCACCCCAUAUCCCUGCCUCCUGCCUCUGAGACCUUCCCCUCGGGGACACCGUGCUGGGUGACAGGCUGGGGCAAUGUGCACAGUGGUGAGGCACUCCCACCACCCUUUCCCCUAAAAGAAGUAAGGGUCCCCAUUGUGGAAAACCACCUUUGCGAUGCCAACUACCACACGGGGCUCUCCACGGGCGACAACAUUCACAUUGUUCGAGAGGACAUGCUGUGUGCUGGGAACAGCCGCAGGGACUCCUGCCAGGGCGACUCCGGAGGGCCCCUGGCCUGCAAAGUGAGGGGUACCUGGCUGCAGGCGGGUGUGGUCAGCUGGGGUGAUGGCUGUGCUCAGCCCAACCGGCCGGGCAUCUAUACCCGUGUAACCCACUACCUGGAUUGGAUCCACUGCUAUGUCCCUGAGUAUCCCUGAGCUGGGUUGGGAGGGCUGAUCCUGCACCAGGGGAGAAGCAGCCCCUCUUGUUCCCAGCAUGCCACCUCCUGCCCAGGUAGCACCCACCUUAGUCUUCCCUGUUCUUCUGCCUUGAGCCCUCUCCCUGUCCAGAGCCCCCUCCCCUGCUAUCCCUCCUCUGUUUAAGUAGCCGGUGCUAAUCAUCCUAGCAGCUAUGUCUCAUUAAA